GGGGCGGGGGGGAAGGUGGGUUUGAGGAAAUUAAGUUCUGCCCCGCGGGUGAGCUGCGUAGCCUCCGGCCGGAGGGCGGAGACAACGAGUCGAAGAAGAGGAGACAUUCACAAUUUGGAAAAUGAAAUUUGUUUUAGGAAUUCAUCCUAAUGCCCUGGCAUAUUCCAUGACCACACUAGGCGCUGGAAUGAUGAACAGUAUCUUUAAUUUCUACUAUGUUAAGCUUUUCUUAAACCAAUACAAGAUUUCAGAAACAGCAUUUCAUCAAGCACAGGUAGUUUUUAUGAUCUGGAAUGCCAUUAAUGACCCUCUCUUUGGGUAUAUUCAAGACAACUCCAAAGUCCCAUGCUGCUCAAGACGUCAGUUUUCAAUUUUAUAUGGAGCACCAUUGUAUGGCUUAGCUUUUCUGCUUCCCUGGUUUCCUUGGAAACAUUAUCAGGAAGGUGACUGGCUUAAUGGUCUUCACCUUAUUGUUGCUUUAUGUGCUUUUGAUGGCUUGCUUACAUUUGUGUUGCUAGCACAAUGUGCGCUCUUUGCAGAGAUUUCACCUAGACAUGAAAGUAGACUUCAGCUUAUUAACUAUAACCAAGUGGCAACAUUAGUUGGAUCAACGAGCAUUCUUUUUUGUGGUCUAAUAUCAGAUAAUAUGGAAAAUUUUGCCUAUUUUCAAACCUUUACUGUUUUGGUUGCAGCACUAGCAACUGCUUGUAUGUGUUACACUGGCAUAUAUAGCACUAGUCAGUAUGAACAGAGAGAAACUCCUGUGGAGAACACUAGCUUAGAAAAUAAUGAUAAAGCUCUCUCCUGGUCCUCUGUAAUUUCAUUGACCAAACAGAUAAUGACACAGAAAAACUUUAUACUUUUUGUGACCAUGAACUUCUUUCAAGUCUUCCACCUAGCCUUCUGCAACAAUUUCAUGAUGAUCUUUGCGGAUAAUCUCAUCCCUAAGGAUGUCCUUUCCUCUUUUAUAAGAAGCAUCAUGUAUGGAGCUGGCUUUAUUUGUCCUCAGUGCCUUGUGCUUCUCGGUCAUACUUUGCUGAAGAAGUUUGGAUAUUACAGGAUCAUCUUGUUUUCCUUUUACUUAGAAGGAAUAGCUGCCGCUGUCAUGUUUGUUCUAGGACCAGAACACUACUACCUGCUGGCUGUUUAUCUCACAACAAACAUGGUAAUUGUUCAAGCGUCAUUCAGUUUGUUUAACCUGCCCUUGGCAGAUAUUGUUGAUGCAGACUUAAUAAAACACAAACGGAGAUCACCACUUUCCUCCAUGGUUUUUGGUACCAAUGCUUUAUUUACUAAGCCAGCCCAGUCUUUGGCUCCUAUGCUUGUGGUUACAAUACUAAAUCAAUUUGGAUAUGAGAACCUGAAUAAUAAAUUUUCUCAGCCUGAUCCAAGGCUUGGUGGAUGUGUGUUUUAGGGAGGGAUUUGAAUUACGACUAUAGUCAUUUGGUACAUGAGGAUAGGAAGAGAGUUGCAAGAGGGAGUGGCAUGGAAGAGGCAUAGAAAUGAAUGGGAAGGUAAGGUACAUAUGGGCUAUUUAAGGUGGGUGGCUUGGGAGAAGCAUAGCAGUUUGAGAAAAUGAAGGCUGAAAUGUAGGCAGUGAAGGUGUUGUACAGAGUUUCGAAAGUGCAAGGGAGAAAUUUUAAUUUUAUGUAAAAGAUGAUGAUGAGAAAUCAGCACAUAGAUUUGAGGAGGGUAGCUACAUGAUGACAACAAUGGGAGGGGAAGAUGAUUUUGGCAGUAACAUUUUGUCUAUCAAAUGGUGUUUAGUGUUAAUGUAUCUAAUUAAAAUCAAUUUAAGAACUAGUCAUUCAGACAGGAGACAAAUGACUUUUACACAUGGCACACUGGAGGAAUUCUCUUCUGUUUAUUAAGCCUUUAUUGUUAAGGACGCUUCACUUGUCUCAUUCAGUGUUAAUCAUUGUUAUCGCUGAAGAAAAAUGCUACUCUGUAUAUUGUACAUGGGUCCCAAGGGAUUUCAUUGUCAGGCAUCAGUAAAGCUUUUAUCAAGGGAAACCAAUUUACAUGUUGGGUUUUUUUAUAUAUAUAGUACUGUACUAAUGAAAAUGUGGCUGGUAAUUUACAGGAUUGGAGGGUCAAUUUUUGUUCCUUUUGGUUUAUCCUAAAUAGUUUUCCCUAGAACAUUAGAUCCCUUUUUCUGCUCUAUAAGAAAUAUAUAGUUUUAAACCUCCCUCUCCUGGAGAUCCACUGAAAUUACAGUCAAUCAUACUGAUAAAACACACUGGCAGUAGUUUGUUGCCCUCUUUAUUAUUAUUAUUUCCUUGUAUUUAGAAACAAAUUACCAGAUUAUAAAUAGAUGCACAAUAUAUAGAUGGUGCACAAUAAAUAAGCUAUCAGUGCAUCUGACAGUUGGAAAUAUCACAUGAUCUAGUAGCAGGGUAAACAAUGUGCUGGAUAUAGUGAGGAACUAUAUUUUAGCAAGAGCGUGUCUUUGAAUAUAUGCAUCUUUGUACUGCAUGCACAAAAUAAUUAAAGAUUUUUAAGGCGUCUUCUCCACCACUGUGAUGUAAUUUGAGCAUUGUUCUUGAUAUAUCCCAAUGCCUCAAUAGAAUUAUAUUUAAUAUUUGUUCAUUUUUCUGUAUAAUACACCUAUUUUACUUUUCAUAAUUCCUGUAAAUGUCAAGUUUUAGAAUAAAAUAUUAAUCCAUAUUCUUUUGUUAAAUCAGUGCAAUUGUAUUUAAACCAAAGCAAGAUAUCAUCAGUACAAAGGUAAGGUAGGACUUGGCACAAUCUUUUUCUUUCCUUUAGAAAAAGGUAAAAUACUUGUUAAAGGUUGACAUUCUUAAUACUGAAAAUUGCAGUCCUCUUUAAUAUACAGAAAGGUAAAAUGCAGGCAAAAACUGUGUAGCUUCACUAUAGCACCCUGCCAAAUUUGCCUUAGCCCCUUCCUGAAGGAACUUUAUAUAGGUAAAUAGUUUACCCAUUCAGUUCUUGGAUUCUCUGCUGGAACUGCCAACAAGAGGGCUAAUUAAUGCCAACCAUGGUGGUAGUUUUUGUGAUGCAUAUACUUGUUUACUUGGAAAUGGAAAGCACCAUUGAACCCAGGCCAGUAAAUAACUAUCAGAUGCUAAAUUGUGAUCACUAACAGUAAAUACUGAAUAUGAACCACUGACCUACCUGUGAAAAGUCCCAUCUCCUGUAACCAAUUGUCUAAGCAGUUAAGUAAUUCCCUUAGUACUACUUUAAUUUUUAAGCUUGUGCCUUGUCUUUGUCACUUGGUAUUAACAUGUGCACAAUUUAUUUAAAACAAUUGUUUAACUUGGAAUAAACUGUGAUUGUAUUGUGUUAUACAUUUAGGACCAAAUCCUGGUUCCAUUGAAGUCAAUGAGGCCUGGAUUCGGCCUUUUUUGAUUGACUCAUAGGGUUUGAUCCAAAGCCCAGUGAAGUUAAUGGAAGUUUUUCCACUGACUUCAAUCAGCUACGGAUGAGGCCCAUAGUAGUCAACUUUCACAACGACAGGUUUCAGAGGAACAGCCGUGUUAGUCUGUAUUCGCAAAAAGAAAAGGAGUACUUGUGGCACCUUAGAGACUAACCAAUUUAUUUGAGCAUGAGCUUUCGUGAAUAAAUUGGUUAGUCUCUAAACUUUCACAACCAUUCUGUUAGUCUCCCAUCACAUCUCACAGUGCUAAGGAAAAAGAGAAAAUAACGUACUCUUCUUCUUGGAGACUGAAGAAUUUUUUCAGAGACUGUCUCACCUUGAGUUCAGUUUCUUGAUAUUUCUUAAUUAGAAUCCAAUAAUUAACAGAUUGCCAGUGGAUAAUUAUCACAGCUGCUAGACAAAUGCCUAGAUGUGUUUCAAGCUGUCAGAAACCAGCCUGUUCAUAAAGCAGUUAUUUUAAUUAUAUAUUAUAAUUUGUAAUACAUAGUUGUUGAUCUGCUUCUUUAUGUAUUACUCCUUAAUAGAGCUUUAGAUUAGGAAGUAUCUUUGCACGUUUAAGGAUGCAGAAGCCAGAAUCUCAAUGUACCUUUAACAUGUAAUAUAUAUGGAUGGUUUAAUUCUUUAUUUUCCCCUAAAAAAUAAUAAAACUGAAUUAAUCUUAAUAUUUUGGUAAAUGCAUUGAGUUCCAUGCAUUAAUCGUGACUUGUUCAUAACAUUUACCAGCCAUAAGUACAUUAUACAUAGUUAAUGUCUCAGAUUUUUAACUUUUAAAAAUACCAAUAUGUCCAUAUUGUUGUAUUUUCCACUUUCUCCCAUUCUUUUAUUCAUUCCCUUUAAAAAAAUCUUUAAUCAUACAAAACUUUAUAGGAGUUCCUGCUCUGUAAGGUGAUAUUGUUUUAUACUAAUUUUUAUAUUACCUACCACCGUUGUGUAAUAGAUUACUUAACGGGUCUGUUAGCUUGUCUAUAGCAUAUUAAUAUGCACCCUACUUACCUAACUCAGCUCAUUUAUUAAUAGCUUAUUUUCUACAAACUACCUCGUGUUGGGGGAGCAGGGGGCAUAAAUAAGUUUAAGGGAAUGAUAGAGCAGUACAUACAUUCAACUCUAAUUUUCUGAUUCUAUUUGGGAAUAGCUUUUAUGUUUGUGAAUAGUGAGAAACCAUAUUCCCACUAUGAAGCUGGGGAUACAAAAACAUUGGGUUAUUUUCAUCCACAAUUUGUAUUUAUAUGCUACUUUUAAUAAAGCUUGUUUAAUCAGAAUCAAACAAGCUGAAUAUCUAUACAUUGAGCUUUUGGUAAAAUACAGAAAAACAUGGGGAUUUUUAUUCCUUACUCACAAGAAUCCAUAUGGUUAUUUUCAUGUUUUUUCUUCCAAAGUAAACCUGCUAUAUACUUCCUUUUAAAAUUGACUGUGCUGAAUAAUCAGAACUAUUUUUUUAAUCUAUUAAGAAUUGAUUAAACGGGGUGAAAACUGCAUCUUGGGAAAACUGACAUUUUUACCUUCUUUUCCAGUUUGUUUUUAGGUCUUCAUGAUGCUAUGUUCUAUUUGAUCUGUCUGGUUCCACUUUGCAUUGCAGUUAUACAGAUUCUGAUGUGGACUCCCUU